AUGCAUCGUCUUUUUGCUGAGCUGGAGCCAUCUUUAACCGUCACAGAGCAAAACCUGGCAGACCGAGUUCGGUAUAUCUUGCGCUCAAAUAUAUUUUAUGUCGCCGAACUCGAACGGCUACGACGUGAGGCUGUUCCCUCGUCGGAUGAGAAUGCUACGGCUGAGGAUGCGUCGCCACAAAUGGUAGAGCAACCCGCAAACGUGGAUGCCGCCGUGAAUACCCCAGUUGUGGUUGAUUCAAGCGAUGAUGGAACAGUCACCCAGGAACUGGAAUUAGAGCAUAUGAGGAGUACAUUGGAAGAGGCGAUUGUGGAAACGCGCAGUACGCCUCUAGAAAAUCGACCGCGACUUCCCCGCAUAGCCCUAAGCAAGCGGAAUCGGGCUGUCGUGAGUGCUCUGAACCCAAUGCUGGUGACCUAUUUGGAAGCCAGCCGGGACCUUUGCGAGACGGACUCAAUUCUUUUUGGCGCCACGCUGGCAGUCUGCCGUAUCAUAGGCGCCAAGGUUUCCACGGCUGGACGCGCUACUGGCCAUAGUAGCGCUAUCCCAGCAUGGAGAAGAAGAAUUGAGGAACGUAUCGCAAAGGCUAGAGCUCUCAUCGGCAGACGAUAUGCCCGGUGCUGGGACAAAUGUCAGUUUGUCCCAGCCGGAUAUAACGCAAAAACUGACGGAGCGCAUAGAUGA